AUGGCUUCCUCGAGCUCCGUCAAGGACCUCUGCAAGAUCAUCACAGCCUACAUUGCAGAGCCUGCAUUGCCCCUGCCCGACGACGUCAAAGCUGCCAUCACCGCGUACCUCGACAAGCACGAGACCUAUGACGACGCCGUUGCCGACCGACUUCAGGAAGAGCUUGUCUCCAUCUUUGAUAAGUAUGUCCGAGGCAAUGCAACUGCUACUGGGCCAUGGAUGGCGGUCCUCCGCCGCAUCCAGAUGGCCUUGCAGAGCCCUGAAAAGGUGCUCUUCUGGUUUGAUGCCUGCCAAAACAUACUCGACAACACACCGUUAGACAAGGCCGUUGUCAAGGAGACUAUUGCUGCAAUGAUGAACACGGCUCUCUUGGCUGAGAAGCUGCAGGAUUCCUUCGACGAGGAUUUAACGUCCAAUCCCAUCAUAGAUCGUCUUCUCUCCAUCUGGAUAGACAACUUCUAUCCUGCUCACAUUGAGGGCAACAAGUCCUUGGAGCACAAUGAGCAGCUUUUGAGAGAAGCUCUGGGCCAAUUUGGAAGACGAAAACCAAAGGAGUUCUUUGCGUCGCUCAAUAAGCUCUUUGUAAAGCAAGAACAUCGAGAACCGCUCCUCCGAUUCUUUUGCGCCUUCAUCCAAGGACAGCCACCACACCUGUACCAGAUUCUCGAGACGCAGCUCUGGACAAGCCUGCUGCAGUGUUUGCAGCUCGAUACAUCUACCACGGUGGUGUCUGCAGCCCUGACGACUGUUAUCAUGCUAUUACCACACAUGCCGAGCGAUCUAGUACCCCAUCUGCCGACGCUAUUUAAUAUAUAUGCGCGUUUACUGUUUUGGGAACAAGAACGAUCAGGCUCUAUCGAGAUGGCAUCUCUUGAUGCCGCCUACACAGCAAGCUGGGCCGCGUGCACGUAUGAACCAGACUCUGAAGACUUGGAAAUUGGCCAUCUUGGACAGUACUUUUCCGUACUAUAUGGCCUCUACCCAAUCAAUUUCAUGGACUAUAUUCGAAAGCCCCAGCGCCAUCUACGCCACGCCGAAACCUCGGAGUCAAGCAGCAUUGAGGUGCAGCCGACAGAGAUGAGGUAUCAUUCAGAACAGUUUUGCAGCAUCCAUGUGCUACAUCCCAACUUUUAUACAUUAACCAUUGAAUCUGAGAAGACGGAUUUUACCCGCUGGAUGAAGUGUGAAGCCGCCGAAGUCGUCGCCGGGUGUAUGGGACUACGCACGACAACCGAGGCCGACCCCUUCGCCGAAGGUGCCUUGCCGCCUAUUACACCAGCUGAUGCUGCUGUGCUUCCUCAUUCUUCCGAUCAGCCUCAGCGUGUGACGUCUGAUCCGGCGCUUCUUAGUACCAACAAGGUAGACAGCUGGCGCAAGGCUCAGUUCUCCAGCGCAGAUUCCGCAUCAAGCGAUCGAACCCCUUCCAUGAUGCUGCGUAGGGGUUCUCAGUCUAGCCAACCGUCAAAUAGGGAGUCUGGCGAUCCCAGAAUCAGACACACGGAGAGUCCUACUCAGCUGACACAGUCGCCAUCUCACACACAGUUACAGGACAUGAUCAAGUCUAACAAGACAAUCAAGUCAGGGCUUCAUCAGUCGCUCGCAAACGAUAGUGUCGCUUCACUGGCGCUGAGUCAUCCUGAUUCAAACGCUGACCGAUCGGUCAAAGAUGCCAUGCCGCCUUCUACCUUGCCACGCACAUCUGGUGCCAUACCGCCCACCAACGCUGAUGCUCAUACUCAAGUGGUCCAGCUUCAACGUCGGGUACUUCUCUUAGAGAAUGACUUGAGUUUUGAACGUUUCUUGAAGCAGCAGCACAUGACGCAUAUUGGAGACCUCCGGCGGCGUCAAGUUGUGGAAGCUGCCACAGAGGCUGAAACGCAGAAUUUGCUUAUGACAAACCGCAACCUCAAGAACCGGUACGAGGAAGCCAAGAAGGCAGAGAUGCAAGUCCGAAAAGAGUCGGAAAAGAGCCGCGCCAUGGCAAAGAAAUGGGAGACAGACUUUUACAACAAGCUAAAGAAUAUGCGAGAAGAGUCGAAGAAGACAGCGGCGGAGCUAGAAGAGCGGGAAAGGGAGCUCUCGGCGUCCAAAGAAGAAUGCGGCAAGCUUCGAGUGCUCCUGUGCGAUGCCGAAGUCAAGGAACUCAACUGGAAGCAGCAUGUGCAGUCUAUUGGAAUCCACGGCGACGAAUUGGAACGUCUACGCGACGAGGUUAAUCGAUUGACUCUAUCAGAGCGAGAUUUCCAAGCCAAAGAUUUGGAGAGACAGGAAGCUAUGAUUAAGGCUGUAGAGACGCAAAAUAGGUUGGAAGAGAUGCAGAUGAAGCUGACAGCUCAAGAAGCUGAAGUUCAGCAAACCAAGAGGCUCUUCCAGAGCCAACUGGCUGCUUUGCAAGAGCAGCUAUCGACAAGGCAAGAGGAGCGGUCAAGACCGGGGGUCAACUCUGACCUAGCAAUUGAGUCUUCACUGGCCGGCAGCCGAGCCAAGCAGGCGGAACUGCAGAAGCAGUUCGAUCUGCUACAGCGCAAGUAUACAAAACUCCAGUCGUCAUUACUGGAUAUGAACGCGUCGACACCGGCUCCCCUCAAUACGUCUACCGGAGGGGACUGCACCGACUACCUAUCGACGUCGGCAAGCCCCGUCAUGAUGAGAGCGACGGCACACGGGCCACCUACAUCUCCAGACGUGAAUCCAUACCAUGUGACGCCACCACUGGAUCCCAAGAUUGGGGCAGCUUUGACCGCGAUACCUAGUCCUAGUCCUCAGGGUAAAUCCCAGGAAGCAGCCGGGCCAUCACGAAGUCCAGAGCAAAGGCAUUUCGGUUUACACAGUCGACUACGGCGAGAUGGUGGAGACAAGGGCAAAGACGAUGGUGGCAACUCAUCAAGCAAGCCGAAGAAGGAGAAGAGAUCUACGCUACGAGGAAUUCGUGGAUUUGUUUAA